UCUGAGCUGGACACCCCGCUGUUCACCAGGGAGCCUCCCAGCAUGGCUGUCUCGCCGGGCGACCUGAAUGUGGUGGGAAAGGCCAAGAACAUGACGGUGGAUGACUGCUUCCACUCUCGGAACACGGUCCUGCAGGGGCAGCCCUUUGGGGGGAUCCCCACUGUGCUGUUCCUCAACAUCACCCUGUGGGUGGUCAUCAUUUUGAUUUACUCCUUCCUCCGGAAAGCUGCGUGGGACUACGGGCGCCUGGCUCUGCUGAUACACAAUGACAGCCUGACCUCGCUGAUCUAUGGGGAGCAGAGCGAGAAGACGUCCCCCUCGGAUAUUUCGCUGGAGAUGGAGCACAAGGACAAGGGCUUCUAUUCCUGGUUCUUCAACACCAUCACCAUGAAGAAUGAAGAUCUGAUUAGCAAGUGUGGAGAUGAUGCCCGCAUCUACAUCACGUUCCAGUAUCAUCUCAUCGUCUUUGUGCUCUUCCUCUGCAUCCCCUCCUUGGGCAUCAUUUUGCCCAUCAACUACACUGGAACUGUCCUGGAGCGGAAUAGUCACUUUGGUCGGACCACCAUUGUCAAUGUCUCCACAGAAUGCCAAAGCCCAAGAGCCACGUUUCUUCCUACCCCAGGGGAGGCCCAGCGAAUCCGCUGGUCCCUCCUUCCUCUGGGUCUGCGCAUGGCCCCGGAGUCCCUCACCGCAGAGGUCACAAGGACACUGAUGAUCACCUAUGUCCCUACAGACAUUGAAGACCCAGAAAUCAUCAUUAAGCAUUUUCACGAGGCCUAUCCAGGGUGCGUAGUGACCAGAGUCCACUUCUGCUAUGACGUCAGGACCCUGAUCGAAUUGGAUGAUCAGAGGCGCCACGCGAUGCGAGGCCGGCUCUACUACACAGCCAAGGCCAAGAAGAACGGGAAGGUGAUGAUCAAGACCCACCCCUGCUCCCGCCUGUGCUUCUGCAAGUGCUGGACCUGCUUCAAAGAGGUAGAUGCGGAGCAAUAUUAUAGUGAGCUGGAGGAGCAGCUGACGGAUGAGUUCAAUGCUGAGCUCAACCGCGUUCGGCUGAAGCGUCUGGACCUGAUCUUUGUCACCUUCCAGGAUACCAGGAUGACAAAGCGCAUCCAGGAUGAUUACAAAUACAUCCAGUGUGGUGUGCCCCCCCAGCAGUCCUCGGUGACCACCAUCGUCAAAUCCUACUACUGGAGGAUCGCCCUCGCCCCACACCCCAAAGAUAUUAUUUGGAAGCACCUGUCUGUCCGCCGCUUCCAUUGGUGGGCCCGCUUUAUUGCAAUCAACACCUUCCUCUUCUUCCUCUUCUUCUUCCUCACCACGCCUGCCAUCAUCAUCAACACUAUCGACAUGUACAACGUCACCCGCCCCAUCGAGAAGAUGCAGAACCCCAUCGUGACCCAGUUCUUCCCCUCCCUGAUGCUGUGGGCCUUUACAGUGAUAUUGCCUCUGAUUGUCUACCUCUCUGCCUUCCUCGAGGCCCACUGGACCAAAUCAAGUCAGAAUCUGAUCAUAGUGCACAAGUGCUACAUCUUUCUGGUGUUCAUGGUGGUCAUUCUGCCCUCUAUGGGACUGACCAGUUUGGAUGUCUUUCUCCGCUGGCUCUUUGACAUCUACUAUCUGGACCAGGCUGCCAUCAGGUUCCAGUGUGUGUUCCUGCCAGAUAAUGGCGCCUUCUUCGUCAACUACGUGAUCACGGCAGCUUUGCUAGGCACAGGCAUGGAUCUAUUGCGCCUGGGGUCUCUCUUCCUGUACAGCACCCGCCUCUUCUUCUCCAGGUCGGAGCCAGAGAGAGUCCACAUCAGAAAGAACCAGGCCAUCGAUUUCCAGUUUGGGCGAGAGUAUGCAUGGAUGUUGAACGUCUUCAGCGUGGUCGUGGCAUACAGCAUCACCUGCCCUAUCAUUGUCCCUUUCGGGCUGCUCUACCUGUGCAUGAAGCACAUCACGGACCGCUAUAACAUGUACUACUCCUACGCACCCACCAAGCUCAACGAGCAGAUCCACAUGGCCGCUGUCUACCAGGCUAUCUUUGCGCCACUCCUGGGUCUGUUCUGGAUGCUGUUCUUCUCCAUCCUACGAUUAGGUCCGCUCCACACCAUCACCUUGUUUUCCCUCUCCACUCUUAUCGUUUCCGUGAUAAUUGCCUUCCUUGGCACUCUUCUGGGGAAGCUUCGGAGGGCAUCUGACUAUGAGCCCGAGGAGGAGAUGGAGACCGUGUAUGACAUGGAGCCAAGCAGCACCUCCUCCACACCCACCUCCCUUCUGUACGUGGCCACCGUGCUACAGGAGCCAGAGAUGAACCUGACUCCAGCCUCCUCCCCGGCCCGGCACACCUACGGCACCAUGAACAGACAGCCGGAAGAGGGAGAAGAAGAGAGUGGUGUGAGGGGCUUUGCAAGGGAGCUAGAGUCAGCCCAGUUCCAGGAAGGGCUGGAACUGGAGGGCCAGAGCCAGUACCAGUGACCAGGACCCGAGGCCUCCACCUGGCGACUCCAGUUGGGAGUGGCGGCCAGGGAAGGGCCCGGCAGAGGGAAGCAGGAGGGCAGCCCGGACCUCCCCACUACCUCCUGCAGACUUUGGGAAGGCCCCAGCGGAAACAUUUACCACCCUGGCUAUUGGCUGCAUGGAGGCCCCGACCUGCUGACCAGCUAGAACGGGAGGUGCUGGGCAGUGCACAGGGACCCCGGGAUGGGAUGGAGGAUACAGGCAAGCAGCACAUCUUAGGAGAGGUAGCUGAAGCCCUCGGCACAGAGACUGAAGGCUGGGGGGCCCUUCUUGGGGUCAGGAUGGAGAAGAUGUGCUUAAGGGAGGAGCAGAAAGAAGACCAUCGAAGACUCUCUGGGGUCUUCACCACCCUUCCACCAGCUGCCGUGCCAGGGAGCUUCUGCUGCUGCUCUUACCCCUCCCUCCACCACCACUCCUGGCCCAUCCCUCCCCUGCAGUCUGAGGAAGCAAAGGUAUGUGUGCUGGGCCUCAUUGAUAAGACCCAGAUGACCGCCUCAUCCAGGUUUCCCUGCAUGAGGGUUGAAAAGAGAAAGUUUCUGUGCCACCUGGGGCAAGGGGCAGCUAAGACCAUAGGCCUGAGAGGAGGUGACUGAAGCCCUUCCUUUUCUUCUGCCCCUCAUCAGGUGUCCCCAGGAGUAGGGUAGAGGCCCUACUCCUUUCUAUUCUUGCAAGGGUAGCUGGGACAUGGUCACUCGGGGCUCAUUAAACGGGACCUGUGUGCAUUUUGA